UCAUCAGAUCUGGUUGUGUAUGUAUGUAUCUCCUUCACCUUUCGUCUGCUCAGUGUUUUUGGUUCUUCGUUUAAUCGGUCGAUUUUAUUUCUUUUUUGUGCAUCUUCGGUAACUGAAUUUGUUUUUUUUUUGGUUGCCCUUAUUUUUGGGGGCCUAAAGCGACUGGUUUAGUGGGUUUAGGGUUGAGCCGGGGGAGGUUGGUAGUUGAGCUGAAGUAGAAAAAAGUGAAUUUUGUGUGGGGGAAUGAGCUCAGUUGAUAAUGAGUAGACUCUCAUUUAGACCGCGUCCUCUUGACAUUCACAAGAAGUUGCCAAUUUUAAAAUCUAUCAAGGAUUUUGAGGAUGAUGAUUCCCAGACUAAUACAAGAAACCUUAUCCUUCGUUUCGCUGCUGAAGCUACAGAAAAUGAGGUACCACAAACUUCUAACAAGAAGUUGGCUCCUGAAAUACCUACUCCUGAGUAUGUGAUUGUGGAUACAUAUGAAAGAGAUUAUUCGCGCACCUUUGCUCAGCCAACAUCAUAUAUACAUGCUAGAGGAGUUCGGGCUGAGAUUGGAGAAUUUGUUGAGUAUGAUCUUGACAAUGAGGAUGAAGAUUGGCUUCAAGAAUUCAACAGAGAAAAAAAAGUUCUUGUAGCUGAAAAGUUGGAGACGAUUUUGUACAAACUAGAAGUUUUAGAUCACAAGUCCCGAGAAAGAGCAGGAGUUAUAACAAAUACGCUUGGCUCGCCAGUUCCUGUGCUUCUAAGUUUUGAUGCUGCUGUUGAGGCCUUGCAGUCUUUAUCCAUUAAAUAUGGAGUAUUCCAGUCUAUUUAUAAUUAUUGGAAGGAUAAGCGGGAGCGUUUGCAGAAGCCUGCUCUUCGGCGUUUGCAGCCGCCUCCACCAGUUAACGACACGAAUCCGUAUAAUGUAUUUAGGCCAAGGGAGAAGGCCCACAGACUUCAUACAAGAAGGAUGCAAAGGAGGGAAAACAAUGUACAGUCAUUUGAAAAGCUUCGCCAGGUUAGGCGCAACCUUGACCAAGCAAAGAUCAUUCUUGAGGCUCUCAUCAAGAGAGAGGAGAAGAAGCGAGAGGUUAUUGAUUGUGAGAUUAGCCUCCAGAGACUUCAAAUGGACCACAAGAAUGAAACUGACCUUUUUGAGGAUACGUUUACUCUGCCUGAAUUUCCUUCCUUCCCAAGUAAGGUUGGUUCAAGUGAGGACGAAUUUGUCGACUCUGAUGAUCCUUCUAUUAGCCGUCGGCAUAUAACACAAAACAUAACCUUCCCCGACACGAAGCUGGUGACUGCUUCUCCUAGAAUCAUGAAGCGAGAGUUCAAGCGAAGACACGUGCCGCAUGGAUGGCUCUAUAAAUUGGAUCCAAAUGAGCCAACUCUGCUGUUCACGAAACCUCUGGAUCCAGCCAAAUUGUCAGCUGCAGGCAUUAUACCUCCAGGCUCUCCAACGCCAAAUGGCCUACCUGCUCACACAUUUAACUUUCGUGGAAGGAUGGGGCGAGGUGGGCGUAUCGUGUUUGACAGAUGGAAUCCACUUAGCCAUACACCCAUUGAGUGUGGUGAUACUUUAUAUGUUCCACCAAAGGCUCGACAUUCUGCACAUCAAUGAUAUGAUCAGCACUUCUUGAGCUUAUGUCUCAAUCCCCUUGAAAGUUGUAUAUGUAAUAUGUAUAUGAUAUUUGCAUGGAUGAUGCUAAAGAUGGAAGGGGAAAGUUUGAACCAGCGAUAAUUGAAGAACCCAUUCCUGGUUAUGGACUUUGAAGAUGCGCGGACAUAUUUGAUAAAUGUGCCGAAGGCAAAUGCCAUAGAAUGCUUAGAGCAUCGUUUUGCCGUAAUGGCUUGCCUUUCUUUUUCAUCUUUUUUUUGGGCAGGUGUAGGGUGCGCCAUUCUCAUUGUUUCUUACACAGUUAAGAAAUGAAAUCAUCUCUCGGCCCAAAUGUACAAUAAUUCCAAGUUAGGACAGGGAGGAAAAUGUUUCUUCCUUCCCUGUCUUUGUAGAAUGUUAUUUAAUAGAUCAGGUCUUAUUUUAAGUACAUGCCCACGUAGAUAAUGUAUGUGUUUGUUGUAAAUGAAGGAUGAAAUUAACCAGGUUUAGCAAUUCAUUGUUAAUUUGGUCAGUUUA